AUGUUUUUAGUCGGUCCGUGACAGUCUGGAGGGGGAGCUGAAAGACAAGCGUGUGUGUGUCUAGCUGAAAGUAGGCAGCAGUAAACGGAGCUGGCCAGCCUACUUAGUGAUGAAGCGUUAUAUGCGUGAAUAACACCCAUCAGGCUGUGGUACAGUACGAGAGGGUGAUAGACAGCACUGGGCACCUUACCCCUGUGAGGGAGUCAGUAACCUCAGGGUAGGGAAAAACAGCAGAGUUUCAAACAAUGGGCCUGUCAAGCUGCAAGAUAAGGUCCUGUGACACAAGUAGAUGAGUUUGUAUACAGAUUGUUAUAAGUGAGAGUGGACUUGGAAUGCACAUUUUUUUUUGCUGGAGCAAUUUUUUUUGGGGGGGGAGGUGGGGGAUGUGGUUAUAUACUUAGAUUAAAACCAGUAACCAAUGGCCAGUGAAGGCAACAUUAAGCACCUCCUUAGAGUGAUACAGGAAGGCAAUCUUGUCCUCCUUCAAGAAGAGAUGCGCAGAGAUGAGAGUGUUCGAGCUGCAGUGCUGAAGGGUCACUUUGGGAGAUCGGGAGACACCGUGCUGCAUUAUGCUGUAAGGCACGGGCAUCUGGAGAUCCUAAAAUACCUGGUGGAAGAGCUCGGUAUCAACAUUGAGCUGGCCAACAACGAUUACAAGCGGGCCCUGCAUGAAGCGGCAUCUAUGGGUCACCGAGAGUGUGUGAGGUACCUGAUUGCUCAAGGGGCCAGGGUUGACUGUUUGAAGAAAGCUGAUUGGACACCACUGAUGAUGGCUUGCACAAGAACGAACCUUGAGGUGAUUAAAGACCUGGUUGAGAGUGGAGCGAGCCUGACCAUGAAAAACAAGGAUGGCUGGAGCAGUUUCCAUAUUGCAUGCCGAGAGGGUGAUCCAGAAAUUAUCCAGUAUCUUCUCGAGGUCAGCUCAGGUAUCUGGGACGUGGAGAGCAAAAUAAAUAGAACUCCUCUACACACUGUAGCUAUGCACGGACACUUUGAGGCUGCAGAGCUGCUUCUAGAAAGAUGCGGUUACAAGCCAGAUGCCAAAGACAGCUGUGGAGUCACUCCGUUCAUGGACGCAGUGCAGAAUGGCCACAUUGAGAUUGCUAGGCUCCUACUGGAGAAACACAAGGCCAAUUACUCAGCCACUGAUGCCUUGGGGGCUCAGCCACUGCACCGAGCCACGGUAACAGCACAGGACGGAGCCGUUCGCUUCCUGGUCACCGAGCUUGGUGUGAAUGUAAACGAGAGAGCCACGGAUCUAAAGUUAACAGCUCUGCAUUACGCGGCCAAGGAGGGGCAUGCUGGCACUAUAGAGACUCUGCUAACAUUAGGAGCUGACAUACUUGGAAGGGAUAUCAAAGGUCGCUCUGCUUUGCACAUGGCUUGUGCAGGCCAACAUACCAAGUGCAUAAGACAGCUUACAGCUGCUGGACUAACUGAUUCUACAGAUCACAGUGGAACACGAGCAAGCCAGCUUCUCAAGAAACCCGAAGCACUCAAGGUUCCGGAUGACAUUACAGACUGUAAAUAAAAGAUAUUUAUCCAACACUAUCUGUGGUAAAUGUCUACUUUUUGACGUACAGUACAUCAGUUUGAAUGUACUCACUCCUGCCCCCUCCAUUUCCCUGCCAGUUCUGUUGCUUCUUCUUUGCCAGUUUCCUGGCACUGAACUGAGAAAUUGGCCAUUUAGCUUUUUAUUCCCGUUGUGGAACUCCAUUCAAGUGCAGAUUGACGGUCCAUUCAAGCAUAGAGCCAUGCUGGGAGGCUGGAACUGGUAAAUUCACCCUCAGAUGUCCCAAUUUAAGGAAUGGUAACAUGGAUUAGUAAUCCAAAGGCCUGGAUUAAUGAUCCAGGGACAUGGGUUCAAAUCCCAUCACAAAAGCUGGAAAAUUUAUUCAGUUAAUAAAUAAAUCUAGAAAAAAAGCUAGCAUCAGUAAUGGUGACCAUGAAGCUGUCAGAUUGUCAAAAAAGCCAUCUGGUUCACUAAUAUCCUUUCGUGACGGACAUCUGCCAUCCUUCACCAGUCUGGCCUGUAUGUGCUUCUGAGACACACACCAAUGUUGUUUUCGCUUAAUUGCCCUCUGAAAUGGCCUAGCAAGCCAUUAAGGGCAAUAAAUGCUGGCCAUCCUAACAUCCUGUGAAUGAACAAAAAAAAUGCUCCUGCAGUUUUAAAACAGCGUAUUAUCAAACUUAUCAUGUGUAAUACCACAAGAGACAUAUUAAAUACUUCUCCAUUUUA